AUGAGUACAUAUUGUUCACCUGCACUGUUCGAACAUUUACCCGUUGAAAUAAUUCGUUUGGUCUUCGAAUAUCUUUCUCCACACGAUCUGCUCGAUGGUUUCGAAGAGCUCAAUAGUCGAAUUUCUUCCAUCAUCAGGCAACAUCCUCUAUCAUUGCCCAAUAAUCGACGCAUGAGCAUGGACGUAUACGAUGACUAUCUGACAUACAUUCUUCGUGAAUAUUCAUCACAAAUUGUCUAUCUACACUUGACCGAACAUCGUGCUGCUCAAGCAGUUGAGUCGUUUCUUGACGAAAUGGAUCGCGAAAAUUUCUUAUUUCCAAGCUUAAAAGCAAUAACUAUCAGAGAUGUGCCUGGCGGUGUGUAUGAUGCAUUGGUAGACCAUGUUCUAGAAAUUCUCAAUCCCAGCGCACUUUCGAUUCAUUUGAAUAACAAACUUUAUCACUUUUCGGAUUACGCUGCAUGGAAUGACAUUGAUUUUCUUGAGCCAGUGCUCAAUGCAAUCCCACAACUGUGUUCAUUGUAUUUGCGAAUUUCACCAGCAUACGAAAAAAGCUAUAUGGAUGAUCUCGACAUUGCCUGCUCGCGUAUCAAUACUCAUUGGCAUCUGCACACACUUUCGAUUGGUGAAUGUUCGUGUCCAAUGCUAAUGAAAUUACUCGGCAAUAAUCGUUUGCCAAAAUUACGCAAUUUACAUAUCAAAAUUUCUGAGAGUAAUCGAACUUUUCAAUUAUUUUCAAAUCACAUGUAUUUUAGUGGAAGUUGCUAUCAUGAUCUGUUACCAAUGCGACUUGAUCAGACGUCAUUGAGUCCAAGUUGUGUACCUGAUUUACGUUGUAUUAAAAUCAAAAUUUAUGAAUAUCUUCAAAGAAUAUUGCACUAUUUCGAAGAUAUAUACCGUAACGAACAGCUUGACGAAUUCAAAAUACAUGGCCGUCUGAAUUUGAGCACAAAUGCUGACUUCCCAACGGCGAACAAUCUACGACAAUGGUUGGCCAUCCCGAAAUCGAAGCAAUGCAAUGUUCAAUUCGAUUUUUGGGUAUUCUGUAGCAAUAAAAACGAUGAAGAAUACUUGAGUGACUUGUUUACUGACUAUGCCGAAGUAUUUGGUCGUAGGUCAUGUGAUCAAAAAAACAAAAUUGUUAUACGUUAUCCAAAUAGCGUCGCAUCUAUUAAAAAUGAGAACGAGAAUAAAAAUGAAGAAGACGACAAUUCAAUUAUUUGUACUAUUGAAGAAUUAGAAAUCGAUGAUUCGGAGUAUUUGAAAGAUGAUUGGAUACAAGCUGUGCAAAACGUGUCUCAUUGGAGCAAUCUUCGAAAAAUAUCUAUUAUGGGCGACUGUACGACGGACAAAGAUGCAGUCACUCGUAAUUUGCCAAUUCUAUUCUAUGUUGCUCAACGAGCACCACGUUUCUGCGAACUUGAAGUUGAAGGAACGUCUGCAUUUGGUGUUGCUCUAUCGUCGAACACCGAACUUUGUAGAUACAUUUCUGAUCAUCUCGAAGUGCUUCGCUUUUAUGGUGACGCUCGGACAAAUUCGUUUCUUGGAUUGGCCCAAGUUAUCGAUGCUAUUUUUUCUCAUUCAUCAUCAUCGCUGAAAAAAUUGACAAUCAUAGCCGAUGCUGCUCCAGCAUUGUGGCUUACACUGGAACAUUUUCAAAAUGGACUUCGACUCGUGUUCAAUCGUUUUCCAGCACUUAUUCAUUUUACCUUAUAUUGUUGCCGGGUAGAACUAUCCAGAAGCAGCGUACAUAAUUGGACUGAAUUGGCAUCUGAAUGGUAUCAAGGAAUAGUUUGUCCUUGCCCAUGGAGUUGUAGAGUCAAUCGAGAUAGUUUCGAUCUUUGGCUCUAG